AUGUCCUUCAAUUUUCCAAUUAUCUUCUCUCCAUUCCCUGUCGCCUCCAUCCCAUCCCCUUGCAUUGCUCUCUUUUCAGCCUCCCCACCAUUCACUUCCUCUUCUCUCCUCAACACUCCCUUCUUCCCCGUACCCACGUCUCACCAGCCUUCUUCCAAUCCGUUUUCCGUUAUCUCCCUUUCUGCCUGCCCUGCCCCUCUGUGCUCCCCAGCAAAUCGAGUUGACUCUGAGUCGACUGAAAAGUCGUCUCACGAACCUUCUUUCAAUCCAUUCUCCGUUUUCCGUUAUCUCCCUUCCUGCCUGCCCUGCCCCUCCUUGCUCCCCCCUUUUCAGCAGCAAAUCAGUAUCCGCACCAACAGCAACUGCAAGUGCUACCACUGCUACUUCCGCCUCCUCUGCUUCCUCUUCUUCCUCCUCCUCCGCUUCCUCCUCCUCUUCCUCCCGUGUACCCUUCCACGCCACCAUCCCUCCUUCCCACCGCCCCACUACCCCUCCCCAGAUAUACCUUCCCCAGCUGCCGCCUCCCCUGCUUCCUACUUAUCAGCAGAGGAGGGGUUUGAAAACCCGGGUGGAGGGGAGAGUAUGAGGGGGCCUGAAGGGAGUGGGGCAGGAGGGAUAGGGUUUUCCCUUCUCCCGCCUGUGCCAGAGGCAGAACGAGCGGCCAUGCCGAGACUUCUGAGGAUGACAGUUCAAGGGCUGGACUACAGGUGA